AUGUUCACGCCCGUCGAGUCCGCCAUCGGCGGCAUGCUCAUUGGGCUGUCGGCAGCAAUUUCAUACUUAGUGGAUGGCCGGAUAGCUGGGGUUGCUGGCAUCCUGGGCCCAUUUCUCCGCGGCGCCACGCAGCUUCAGCCACUGACGGGAGGCCAGCUCUGGAAAAUACUUUUCUUGCUUGGCUUGGUUCUGGGAGGCUUAAUCGCCAUGGCUUGCAACCAUGAUUUCUCAUUUCCGCAAGCAGCGCCUUUCCAUGUCGUCCGCUACAUUGCCGCGGCGGUUUUUGUUGGGAUGGGCACCCGCAUCGGAAAGGGCUGUACGAGCGGCCACGGUAUAUGCGGACUUCCUAGAUUCUCGUCGAGGAGCUGGGUUGCAGUUCCUACAUUCAUGGGAAUGGCAAUUGCAACCGUUGCCCUCACGCGCCAUGCAUUCAAGUGGGAGCAGCCUCGGCCAUGGGCAGUUGCCGAGCUCCAGUGGCCUCCCAAAUGGGAGUUUCCCGUCGCAUCUUUGGGAGCUUCUGCGCUGCUGACUUUCCUCAUGCUCGCCCUGCCGACCCGCAUUCAGAGAUAUGUGUCGCCGACCCUGGCUGGCAUCAUCUUCGGUGUGGGCUUGGGCUGUGCAGGCAUGACGAGUCAAGCAAAAGUGCUGGAUUUCUUGGAUUUCGGGGGCACCUGGGAUCCUUCCCUGGCCUUUGUCAUGGGCUGUGGCAUCAUGGUUAGUGGCCCGGCCUUCCUCUACGCUGAGCGAGAGGCAAGCAAGCCCUUAUGCAGCGAUUGCAGCUACGAGAAGCCCCCGAAGCAUGGCAACUACUUUCCGCUGAUCUUGGGCGCCUGCUUCUUCGGCAUAGGCUGGGGCCUCAUUGGGAUCUGCCCGGGACCGGCAAUUGCGGGUGUGGUGCCGUACCUGGUUGAUGGCGACGGGCCGGGUUUCUCCUUCGGCUUGGCCUUCGUGGUGAUCUGCCUGACCUGGCUUAUCACCGAUCGUGUGGUUGUGUACUUGGAGAAGAAGCCAGCUGCGGCGCAAGCGCCGCAGGCCUCUGACAUUGAGAAAACGAGCCCGCAGCCAGUUGAUGAGCAGAAAGCGGAGGAGAAGGCUGAGGAUGAGAAUGAAGUGUUUGAGGCGGCUAUCUGA